UCAACCAUCCACCAUCCACCAUCAACCAUCAACAUUCAACCAUCAACCAUCCACCAUCAACAUUCAACCAUCAACCAUCAACCAUCGACGACAUGUCUCCAACGACGCUCGCCCGCAUCGACACCGAGUACAGCGCAGACUCGGUCGAAUUUUGUCCCGUCUCUGAUCAUCAGCGCAUCAUGGCCCUUGGCACCUACCAAGUCAUCAAGACCGAGGACGACACUCCAGCCCCGCGCAAGGGCCGACUUGUUCUGUAUUCCGUCGAGUCAGAAACAACCAGCACAGGCAACGAUGGGCUGGCGUCGGUGACCAUGAACGAAUUGAUGCGCCUCGAAACAGGUGCGAUCCUCGAUAUGAAGUGGUCUCAUCGCGUGCUGGACUCGGGUCGACCCACCAUGGGCAUGGUCGAUGCCCUUGGCAACACGAGCCUCUGGACACUGAGUCAGAGCUCGAUUCUGGAGAAGACCGCUGCGUGGAACAACGAAUCAGAAGGAGUGCUCUGUUUGUCGCUCGACUGGUCGAAUCGAGUUCAUCCAGAGACUCCCUCGCUGAUCGUCAGCCAGAGCGACGGGUCGUUGGUUCACCUUGGAGUCACCCAAGAGGGGCAGCUGGAGCCGCUUGUUCAGUGGACCGCACACGACUACGAAGCUUGGAUCGGUGCCUUUGACUACUGGAGCACCUCGACCGUUUACUCGGGUGGCGAUGACUGUCGGCUCAAAGGCUGGGAUCUUCGUAUGGGUGGCGAUCGCCCGACGUUUGUUAGUCGAAGGCACCAAAUGGGCGUCUGCAGUAUCCAAAGCCAUCCACAUACAGAACAUAUCCUGGCCACCGGGAGCUACGACGAACAUGUCCUGGUCUGGGACACCCGCUCGAUGAAACAACCGCUGGUCGAUCAUCACAUCGGCGGCGGCGUCUGGAGACUCAAGUGGCACCCCCGGAAACAAAACAUACUCCUUGCCGCGGCGAUGCACAACGGCUUCCAUGUCCUCGAGACGGAUCUGGCGAGCGCCAGCAGAGUCGUCGCCAGCUACUCUGAGCAUGAGUCGCUCGCCUACGGGUCCGACUGGUGCCAUGACCCCGCCCUGCCCAUUGUUGGCUCGUGUUCCUUCUACGACCACGCACUGCGAGUGUGGUCAGUGUCGACGAAAUAGAGGCGCCGCAUCGCUGUGGCUCGGCCAAACAAGGAGAAUGGGGACAUGUCCAC